AUGGAGCAGAACGCGGGAGCGCAAGUGGGCACCGGCGGUGCCCCCGCGGCGCCGGAGGCGGCUGGGGUGGGCGUCUCGGCGAGGCGGCAGCCCGGGAAGCCCUACGCCUGGGUGGCGCUGGUGAUGGGCCUGGACCUGUCGUAUGUGGGUGCCGCCCUCGUGCUGGCGUCGUCCAUCAAACGCCGCAGCAGCGCCGCGGAGAUGGUGGUGAUGGUGACGCCCGACGUGCCGCAGUCGGCACGGGGGGUGCUGGGCGCGGUGGCCGACGCCGUGGUGGAGGUGCCCUACCUGGAGACGCUGGCGCUGCAGAAGUACUCCGAGCGCUUCGACAAGAUGUAUAACUACUGGCUGGACAAGUGCUUCACGAAGUUUGCGAUGUUCGGGCUGACGGAGUACAAGAAGGUGGCGUUCCUGGACGCGGACAUGCUGGCCGUGGAGGACCCCGACGCGCUGUUCGACUGCCCGGCGCCCGCCGGCAUAUGCUCCGCCGUGAGGGAGAUCCGGGAGAACGAGAGGAUGCACGGGCAGAAGCUCCCGAGGACGAUCGUGGAGGAGAGCCUGAAGAACGGGCAGGGGCGGUACGGCGUGCGCGGCUGCCUGCUCAUAAUGGAGCCCUGCGAGGCGACGCUGGCCCGGAUCCGCGCCAAGGUGGAGGCGCGCGAGCAUUACGGGUCUGUGGAGUCGAUGGUGGGACCCGACGAGCUGCUCAUCACGCGGUACUUCAUCAACGAGUGGAGCCACAUACACGCCAAGUACGGCUGGGUGUCGUGGGCGGACCGGGAGGAGCUGGGCGUGGCGCCGGUGUUCCUGCACUACGUGAGCCAGAAGCCAUGGGACGAGGGCGAGGACUGGGAUGACUUCGAGUACUGGAAGGUCGAGGCGCGGGGGGUGGUCAAGGCGGUGCCCAGCAGCAUGUGCUAUUUUGGCCGUCUCAUGGAUGAAAUAGGGUCUCAGGCAGGUGUCGAGGUUACUGACAAGAUGCGGGAGGAUGCGAGGGAGAUCAAGGAGAGCGCCAACCUGAAGAAGGCGGAGGCCAAGGCCAUGCGGGAGAAUCGGGCCUCCAGGCUGAACAUUGACCUCACUUCCAACUUUGCUCCGCGUGCCACACCCAGGAGCGGGAGGAUGGCCGUAGGGCGCCAGGUGCCACCGCUGAGUCCAUCAUCGCGCUUGGGAUCCACGCAAGGGGGCUUUAACUCGGUGCAGAAAGCCAAUGGACAGAACUCAGGACGGUGGCGCAAUCCAAGCCCAGUGGCUGUGACCCGAUGUUCUCCAGUUGUUGAUGCUGCCCAGACUCCAGCUGUGGCCGAGUCAGAUGCAGCCACAGCGCCAGCCCUGCAGAGCAAGAGUGGGAAAGUGACCAAGGCUUCCCCAAACAUCUUGGUGGUGGACGGUUUCAAGCGUCCAUAUCCGUCCAAACCCCGUGCCGACAAAGCCCCUGGUGCUCCUGCCACCCCCAAAGAUUUGGCAGUUGGACCCUCAGCUGCACGCCCAAACACUGUGCCAAAGCUGAACUUGUCGAUCAUGAAGACCGAUCCCAAGGCACCCCCGCCAAAGAAGAGCUCAGAUGACUCCGAUCGAGGGGAGGGAGAUCCUGGGACUUGGCAAGGCAUGCACUGGCACAAGAAGCGGGGAGUUGAACCACCAAGCAGCGUGAGGAGCGCUGCUGACGAAAUGGACAGCUGGCGGCGGGGCGCACCAGCCCAGGCGCAGGGCUCAGGCCCUCAGAGCGCCCGGCCUUGGACUGGUGGCCUGGAGUCGCAGCUGGUGACAACGCCCCCAGCAACUGCUCGCCCAUACCUUGGCGUUCAGGAGAUCGCCGAUCCUGCAAGCCCGCCCAACAGCGCCCGGCCCUGGGCGUCUGGACAGGAGGCCCGUCCCCCUGUGACCCCACCAGGCAGUGCUCGCGUUGGCCAGCGUUCGGCACGCUAUGAACGAUGGGAUGCCCCAAAGAGCUCACGGGCUGACAUGGCAUCAAGCUGGCGGUCGACCCCAAGAGGUUCGACUGAAGAACAGGGGAAGGAGCGGAGCGAACCCCCCACUCGAGGGUGGGGAGGGCGCAGCCUGGGCACAGGCGAUGCAGGUGCGCAACCAUACUCUGCCCGGGUUGCUGCAACCACACAGCCCCAAGUGCAGGGUGGUGAACCACCGGGUCUGCAGCAGGGAACAAGAGUCCUGUCCAUCAACAGGCAGUUUGGGAGUACUGGAAACCUGGAAAUGCCACCAGGUAUGCUGGGCUUCGAUUGGAACACUGUCAACUCAACCUUGGUGGAUGCUGGACGCCCUGCUGGUCUGUCAUUGGAUGCAGCGGGUGGCAGCGCCAACCACCAAAGCGGUGCAUCAGACAACAUCAUAGCGCUCCUGGGGAAGCAGUGCACGGAUGGCUGGCCCAGCAGGACCUACCCGAUGGACCAGCAACAGCACCAGAGGGCAGGGCAAGCGAACACCGGGCUGCUUGGUAGCAACGUUGUGGCAAUGGGAAACGGCCUGGGAAUGGGUUCGACGCCUCUCGCUGCAAGCCAACCGAUGUACGGGCUGCCCAGUGACUCGUUGGGCCAUGCACUGGCACACCCAGACUACUCUGCUGCUUAUGGAGCUCUUCGCGACUCAGCGGCCCUUCGUCUGACCUCCGCCCUUGCGAGCGGGGGACAGAGGAACGGGAGCACAGUGGGUGGUGGCAUCGGUGGCCACGACAGCAGACAGCAGUGGUGGUCUGGUGCCUCCCAGCGUGGCGUGCAGGGAGAUGGAAAGCUUGGCGGACGGGGUUUUGACACCAUGGGGCAGGACACUCUGUUGCGAGUCGCUCAACUGAAUCUGGGAGGGGGGGAAGGAGGGCAGAGUGGAAAUAGAGGGGUCAGGCAGGCCACAUGGGGCCAGGGUCCUGAGGUGGCUAGAUCGGGUAGCGGUAGUUCCUAUUACUGGGCAUGA